UAGUUACACAAUGGAGAGAUUAUCAACUUGGAAAGCAGCAAAGAAAACCUUGGAUUCUCAAAAAUGGGUAGGACAGGACAGUGUGAAGGCAUUUACAGACUUUGUCCUGAACAAGAACUCUGACAAGGAGCCAGAUCAGAGUUUUGAUAAUAAGGAGAUGUUGCUUCUUACAGAAAAGCAGUUCAUAGACGCAGCUAAGAGGAAUGACAUAGAAACAAUGAAAGUGGCUGGAAAGGGACUGAAUGCAAAUGCAAAAAAUGUGGAUCAACGGACUGCUCUGCACUUUGCUGUUGCUCGAAAGAAUAAGGAGGCAGUGCAAUUUCUCCUUCAGCGUAGGGUCAAAGUGGAUCAGAAGGACAAACAUGGGGUCACGCCAAUUCAUUUAGCAGCCUGGUUUGGAAGUUUGGACAUUCUGAAGUUGCUAGUGAAGGCCGGGGCUGAGCAGAAAUCAGAAAAUGAGGAGGGACUGAACAUCUUGCAUUGUGCUACUAUCAACAACCACACAGAAAUAGUCGAGUACAUUAUCAAUGACCUCAUUAUGAAGGAACUAGACAAAGGGGACAGAUCUGGGCAGCGCCCCUUCUCCCUGGCGGCAAAGCAUGGCUGUGUUGAAAUGCUUGAGAUGCUGAUGGAUUCUUCUUACAAUAUGGGCACCAUGGAGCCCAACCAGAGAGGGGACACGCCUCUGCACUUAGCUGCCAGGAAUGGCCAUGGGCAGACAGUCCAACUGCUACUGCUGUGCUUUGAUACUCGAGAUGAAGUCAAUCAGGAUGGUGAAACAGCCCUGUACCAGGCAGCAGACAAUGGACAUGAAGAAUGUGUCCAAACAUUGCUGGAGUCUGACUGUGACCCCAACAUCAUCACAAAUGACAAACGUAGUGCACUACAUAGAGCUGCAGAAAGAGGAGACACAUCUUUGGUACAACUUCUUUUGGAGUACGAAGCCCAAAUUGAAUGUUCUGACCAGAACUUACAGACUCCCCUUCAUUUAGCAGUGAAAAAUGGUCACCUCCCUGUCAUCCAUUGUCUACUUGAGGCUGGCUGCAAUUGUGACACUACAGAUAAGAGGUCCCAAACAGCCAUGCACAUUGCCGCUGAGAUGGGUAAAGUAGAAGUUACAGAAAUGCUUCUUAAGGCAGGAGUAAAUCUUUCAUUGAAAGACAAGCAAGGUAAAACUGCUCUUGAUGUAGCGGCACGAGCGGGUGAGGUGGUCAUUGUUGACAUGAUCAUUAAAGCAGAGAGGUACAAUAUUUGGAAACAGACCAACCCUGAAGUUAAUCAAAGUGUCCGAAGCGAGUUUCCUCUGACGUUUAAACUGGACCAUCGUUAUGAGACAAAGCAGCUGCGUUCAACAGCCUGGCGUUUAGCAUAUAAGCUUUUGAAACCAGGGCAAUGGAAGAAAUUGGCUGAACACUGGGGAUUUACCACACAACAAGUGGAGGCUAUUGAGAAGCAGUGGACAGGGCCGAACAGUUAUCAGGAGCAUGGAAACCGGAUGUUGCUGAUCUGGCUCCAUGGGGUUGAGAUGGCAAAUAAAAGUCCAAUCCGAGAACUUUACCAAAGCCUUGUACUCACAGACAACCGAAAAGCUGCAGAUAAAAUACGAAUGGAAUCUGAAAGUGUCAAAAAGAGUUGUAGAAUUUCUUAAGACAAAUAAAACCAUUAAAAAAAUUUAUUCAAAA